UAUUCGUCUCUGCCACUAUUAUCUCAAACCAGUGCAAACGCACAAACCGCACAACAGUCACAAUUGAACAUUGCCGUUGCUAUCCUCUGUAGAGAAAACAAAGUGUAAUGCGAUACGAAUAUAAAUUAUACGACUUGAAGAGAGAAAAGAAACGGAAAAAAGCAGUGAGAUAUUUUACGGAAUGCCAAAUACGCAUACGGCAUUGGAUGUUUUCUGACAGACUUACUGGUUUAACACAUAUGUAGUUUAUUGUAUUACAGCCUGUAUUAAUUUAGCGACGGUGGGCGUAUUUGCACUGAAAAGAGCGAUGAGGGAGGGAGCGAAGAAGAGAGGAACGUAUGGGGCAAACGACGGACUGACAUGAUGACUGACUGACACACGGGCUCAAAACAACGCUGGAGACUUUAUUUGGAAUUACAGACCAUUGAAAGCGGAUGUUAGCUCCCCCUUCACCCCUGAAUGACAGAUUUGGGGGGAGCUGUCGAUUACAGAAAUUUUUAGAGAAAUAACACAGAGGGAGAGAGCGAGAGAGACCGAGGCGGAAAACGAAGGCGGAAACGGGAUGAAAGGAAUAGAAAAGGCAACGGUUUUAAAAAGGGUGAUGCUGAUGUUCCUACCGUGAGGUACACACAGAAACCAGGAUUCAGCUUUGGUGCUGUGAACUUCUCAGCAGAAUAAAAAGAAGCAAAAAUUUAACAAGCCUGAACAAAACACCAAAGACAGAAGAAUGGGCAGAGAAUAAAAUGGACUAAGAGCAUUAUUUACUUACAACUUCAGUAGGGUACCGUUUAUGGACGCCAAAAACAAUCACUUUCUGUCUAUGAUCAGGUUUCCUCAGAACACAUUUAUGACCUUGCGCAACCUACUGUUGAAUUGCUCCAUACUUGAAAACGUAUUAACAAACUGGAUUGAAAUUCAGCCUCAUCCUUUAACUGACUAGCUGGAGGGGGAUGGCAAUGACUAGCAUGUAGGUGACUGGAUCAGCCAGUAGGCCUAAACAGACACAGCGGGAUCAAGAAUGGUUGCUCUGGGAAGGAUUGAACAGAAGUCCUGUCUUUCACUAUGGUGGUCCCAGCCAAGCAUCUUAGUCUACGGAGGAGAGGACAUCACUGGGCACUGAAUCUGAAGACAAUCCCAGGAAGGUUUUACCACCCUAUGGAUUGCUGAAGAUAGCUUUUCAUCACACCACUGUUGUGUUAAAUUCAGCAACCGGACACAUAGUACACAGGGCUAGAGGACCAACCCCUUCCGGUCUUCAAGCAGUGUUUGGAGGGAGUUAGGAGACUGAGAAGACUGCACAGAUCUCCAGACUUCAGCUGAUUGGACAGGAGUACGUACACAGCCAAGCUUUGAACUACUCCAUCCUUGCCCGAAAAAGAGGGGUGGAGUCAUUUUUUUUUUUUUACAAAGGGACUGGAGCAGAUCUCUGAAAUCAAAAUGGCUCCCGAAGGAGUGGCGGAGCUCCGGGAUUGGCUCUUUCUGCUGCUUCUGUGCCUGACGCUGCUGGCCGAAGUGCUGGAGUUCUCCGCAGCCGCCGCUGCCGUGGCCACCCUGGGAGGGGAGGGCGACGGGGAGGUGGUGUGUCCGUCAGUGUGCCGGUGCGACGAGGAUUUCAUCUACUGCAACGACCGCGGGCUGAGCGCCAUCCCGCCGCUGCCUUUCACCGCCACCGUGCUCUACCUGCAGAACAACCGCAUCGACAACGCCGGGCUGCCCACCUCCCUGGAGCUCCACAUGGCCGUCCACGUGGUGUACCUGUACGACAACGAGCUGGACGACUUCCCCCUCCACCUGCCGCCCUCGCUGCGAGAGCUCCACCUGCAGGACAACAACAUCCACACCCUGCCGCGCCCCGCGCUGGGCCGCCUGCCCCUGCUGGAGAAGCUGCACCUGGACGACAACUCCGUCUCCACCGUGGGGAUCGGGGACCAGGCCUUCGCCGGCAACCCGCGCCUCCGCCUGCUCUUCCUCUCGCGGAACCACCUGUCCAGCAUCCCGUCCGGCCUGCCGUCCUCCCUGGAGGAGCUGCGCCUGGAGGACAACCGCAUCUCCACCAUCCCCACCCACGCCUUCCGCGGGCUGUCCUCCCUCCGCCGGCUCGUCCUGGACGGCAACCUGUUGGCCAACCAGCGCAUCGCGGACGACACCUUCUCCCGCCUGUCCAACCUGACGGAGCUGUCGCUGGUGCGCAACUCCCUGCUGACGCCCCCGCUCAACCUGCCCGCCGCCCACCUGCAGCGGCUCUACCUGCAGGACAACGCGCUGGCCCACAUGCCGCGGGGCUCCCUGGACCGGAUGCGUCAGCUGCAGAGGCUGGACCUGUCGGGCAACAACCUGACCACCCUGCCCCGGGGCCUGUUCCGGGACCUGGACAGCCUGUCGCAGCUGCUGGUGCGGGGGAACCCCUGGUACUGCGGCUGCAACCUGCGCUGGCUGCACGACUGGCUGCGCGCCCGGGGCACCGCCAUCACCGUGCGCGGCCUCACCUGCCAGGGCCCCGAGAGGGUGCGGGGCAUGGCCCUGAGGGACCUGGCCGACCAAAUGGAGGAGUGCGACAGCGGCGGGGGCGCGGGCGGGGCUGUGGGCGGCGGAGCGGGCGGCGGCAGAGACAGGGGGGACGGCGGGCUGGCCGCUGCCGCCUCCUCCACCCUCUCCUCCCCGCAGGGCUCGCUCUUCACUCUCAGGUCCAAGCGACCCGGCCUGCGCUUCCCAGACUCCAGCCUGGACUACCCGCUGGGCAGCAGCACCGCGACCGAGACGCUGGCGCUCAGCGUGAAGGCCCUCACGGCCGACUCCGUCCACGUCACGUGGCGCGUCCCGCAGCCCACGCCCUCCUUCCGCCUCAGCUGGCUCCGCCUGGGCAGCAACAUGGCCACGGGCUCCAUCACGGAGACGCUGGUGCCGGGCGACCGGCGGGAGUACCUGCUGACCGCGCUGCACCCGCGCUCCAUCUACAUCAUCUGCAUGGCGCCCCAGCUCGCCGGCUCCGGCGGGAAGAGCGCGCUCGCGGCGGACGGGGCGGACGCGGCCGAGAGCCCGGUGUGCGCCAGGACCGAGACCUCGGACCCCGGCCAGCCCGGUUCGGAUCGGGAGGAGGGGGAUGGGUCUGAGCCGCUGACCGCCCUUCCCCUGGCGGCGAUCGUCGGCGGGGCGACGGCCCUCGUCUCCCUCGCUCUGAUUUUCGCGGUCUUCUGCUGGUGCGGGCACCGGACUCGACGCCUCUCUGCCCGCGAGCACUCUGGCUACGGGCGAAGCGGCUCGCGCCACAGCAAACACUGCGACGACUACGUCGAGUCAGGCACCAAGAAGGACACCUCCAUCUUGGAGAUCCGGGGACCUGGCUUCCAGAUGACGCCCAUGGCUGCCCGGGAGCAGAUGCAUGCCAAGCCCCUAAGGGAAGAUUACAUCAUCCACACUAUCUUCCCUUCCAAUGGUACUAGCCUUUACAAAAACACCCAGCCUGUGGCGAGCACUAGGUAUGGCACUAACCGUGGAUACAGAGGAGGAGGAAUCCCAGAUACAGACUACUCAUACACGUGAUAGACCUCUCUGUGCUGUUAUAUAUAGUCUUGAUCCAGAGCUGAGACUCUCAGACUGGUCUCUGAAGCACCCCUUUGUGCCUAUUGGUUAUCGUUCUGACUAAUCCCAUUAUUUACUGUUAAGAGACAUGUGAAGGGCAGCUAUGCCCUUAGAAAUCGUAGCAUUACUUAACUGAAGUCUUGGUAAAUAUACCUCUUCAGGUGACAUAUUGGCAACACCACUAUUUUCCUGCAGCGAUGAACAGCGUGUACCUUUGUAAUGUACCUUUCCCUCACGGAAACUGGUCAGGCAAAAAAAGAGAGAAAAAUCAAGCAUGUAUUUACUUGCAGUUUUCCAUAUUUUACAUUAUGUAGUACAUUUAUAUGGUUGUAUUCUUACUGUAGCAGCUGAAGUGAUUGACUCAAGUAAGUGACUCGAAGGUAAAACAGCAUGAUUCAAGCCAAUGCCCCCCCCACCCCCCCCCAUC